AUUUAUUUUAAGUUCAUUCAUCAGUCAGUCGCUAACGGUACCGUAAAAGUGUUUGUCGUCUUUAUUUGCGCAAAAUAAACACGAAUAUACUAAAGAUAAUCGCGAAAUAUCAGCUACUUGUACAAUCGUUAUCUUAUCACACAUUUUGGUGGAUAAAUCGAUCAUGUUCAAUCAUCACUGUGCCUUGUUUACGGCUGUGUUAUGAUGUGCUACUUAGCUUAAUUAUUUUAACAUUUUACAAUAUUUACUGUUGACUUUUUGAGUGAAAAUGCCUGGACAGAGAGAAACUGCCGUUUCGAUGCCGCUGACACCGUCGCGGUCCGAUUUGUAUUGGCGAAGAAUUUUUGAAAAGUACGACAAAGACAAAGAUGGGCGGAUCUCCUACGUGGAGCUUAAAGAGAUCAUCAAUUCGAGAGAAUACGAACACGAUUUACCAGACAAUGUGGUUGACAAGAUCAUGAGUCUCGCAGACAGAGAUAACUCGGGGUACUUGGACUUCAACGAGUUUGUCGCUAUGAUGCACAACCCCGACUUGAAGGCGGUGUUUGGGCAUUUUGUAGCCAGAUAUGUGCAUUCCAUCAUACCGCAGCGAGGACCUGUGGAUACGACAGGACCCUGGACAGGUUUCCGGGCUGUAUCGACAAGUGAUCACGCCCGUAGCAAAUCUUACUUCACAUACGCAGACGGGACUUACGAAGAAGAGUACAGCUGUUGGCCGCCGGCUGUCUGCAUGAUCCUCAUCUCCUUGGUGGAGAUCGUUCUGUUUUGCUACGACGCCGCUGAGGGGAACACUCAGGCCAACGGGACUAUUGCCAAGCUGUUUAUAUACAACCCACAUAAGAGGCAGGAAGCAUGGAGGUUUAUUACUUAUAUGCUGGUGCAUGUCGGCGUGGUGCAUCUCCUAGUCAAUCUCCUAGUGCAGCUGUUCCUUGGAGUUCCUCUAGAGAUGGUGCAUCGCUGGUGGCGAGUCACCCUGGUCUACCUAGCAGGAGUGGCUGCAGGGUCCCUGGCUACCAGCCUCACGGACCCCAAGGUGUAUUUAGCCGGUGCUUCGGGAGGCGUGUACGCGUUAAUUGCUGCUCAUGUGGCCACUAUUAUUAUGAACUGGUCAGAAAUGGAGUUCGCGAUAAUCCAACUACUAGUGUUCCUAUUGCUGGCAGCUGUGGACAUCGGCACGGCGGUGUAUGACCGGUACUGGAGUCAUUUGAACCAGAACAUUGGAUAUGUCGCACAUUUGGCUGGCGCUCUUGCUGGCCUCCUAGUCGGUAUCGGAGUUCUCCGUAACCUAGAGAAGAGAAAAUGGGAGAAGAGAUUAUGGUGGGCGGCAGUUCUUCUCUACUGUUCUCUCAUGCUUGCCGGUAUUCUAGCCAACAUAUUCUGGACAGCUAGGUUCCAGCAUUAGCUUUAUGACGUCAAGGCUGAACUGUUGGGUAACUGAGAACAGGCUUCUGGGUAUAAGAAGAGCUUUUAAAGUGCCAGUUUUGAAGAGGAACUGUUGCAAGGUUUUUUUGAAAGGUUUAUAAGGGAAGAUGAAAGCCAAUUUCUUCAGUAUGUGCCUAUUUGAUGGACACGAAAAUGUAUAACAAUGUGAACGGAGCUCUCUUAGCUUUAUCGAAAGAGUUAUUAAUGUAUGUGGCCUGCGUAAUGUGGUUUUAAAGUAUUAGCUUUUACACAAUUUAAUUACUGUACAGCAGAUAAAAAAAAGAAAAUGUAACCUAUUUUCUGAACUGACCAUCGUGGCCUAAUUUCCUUAGUAAUAAUGCUAUUUUUGGAGCUUUCUAUUUAUAAAUUUUAUUGAAUAAGUAUUACAUAUAUAACUGCCCCACGUAUUUAGCAUAAUAUUGUGAACAAUUUAGUCUUUAAAUAAAUAUGUAGUUAUAUUUCUGUAGGCGUGACUAUUUUCCUACAUGAAGAUUCAAUUAAUUUUAAUACAGACUUAAAUUAGUUAAGAUGAGACCAGAUUCAAUUAUUUAAAGUUAAUGUCAAACAGAUUUUUUAUCAUAUUUUCAAUUCAGAACAUUUUUGAUACCCAUCUACAAAACUAUAAAGAGCACAAAGCUUUGGCACAAUUACAUAGUAAUAGGAUAAAGGUGCCUUUGGGGACUUGUAAAGAUUUUAAAUGCUUAUUCCAAUGUAUGCAUGUGUACGCGCGUAAUUAUAAGAAACACGUGUAUUUUUGUAUGAAACUUCUCUCUCUUGGCUUGUUCACGAGUACAAUAAUACACCGCUAUUUUUUAAUUAGUGCACAUACUUAAAGGGCUCAUUUAAAAAGUUCUUAGUAUUAUCUAUGCAAAGUUUCAAAAACUAAUAUUCAUAAUCAGCAAAGUUAUUAGCGAUAAGUUAUAUCCAAAAAUUUCACUCAAUUCAUGGAAACAUUGUACAAGUUAUUCCAGGUCAUUCAUAGUAGUAUUCAUUAAUAAUAUUCUGUCGCUCUCGCAUUCGCGUGCUCUCGCUCGAACUUGCCCCGCGUCCAACAGCUGAUAACGAAUGUAGGUAACUAAAACGCAUAGAUGCGUUACGAUUAAAAACUAAGAAAAAGUAAAAUAAAAGGUGUACGGAAAAUAAACUUUUAUUCAAUUCAAACUUUUCCUUCAUACUUUAUUUGGGCUUAGGACCAACAAAAUUACCAACUUUUUCAAAAUGAAUUAUUAAGAAAUUAGGUGACUAAAUUAAAAGAUGUCAAAUAAGUAAAGUUGUAAAACUUGUGAAAAUAAGUAAUUUUGGCGUAUUUAAAAAGUUUGAAUCAGCUGAUAUUUACAAUAAUUAUGUUAUGUCACCUUAGAAUUUACGUACCUACUUAUUUACAAAAAAAACUUACAGAUAUUUUAGCUGUGCUUCAAAAUGUCCACCACCAUUUUCAAUACAAACACGAGCACGUUUAAUUAAAUUGUUUUUUAAUGAUAAAAGUAUUACUUUUUACUUCGUCAAACGCGUCCAGUAUGCGCUGUUUUAAUUGUUCUACACUUGUAGGCUCACUAACGUACACUCGUCGUUUAAUUUCACUCCACAAAAAAAAGUCCAAUGGCGUGAGAUCAGGAGAUCGUGGCGGCCAUGCCACGGGGCCGCCUCGACCGAUCCACCGACUCCCGAACUGCUCGUUUAAGUACUCACGCACUGCGCUGUGGUAGUGCGGAGGCGCGCCGUCUUGCUGAAACCAGACAUCUCUUAAAUUGGCUAAUGGAAUCUCUUCCAGCAUUUCAGACACCAUAUUCCGCAGCAAAGCUAAAUAAGUUUCGCCAGUAAGGCGCCCUUCUAUGAAAUACGGGCCAACAAUGUUGUCGUUGAGAAUUCCUGCCCAGACGUUAAUGGAAAACCUGUGUUGGAAAGAGUUCUCCCUUGUUAACAUUGGAUUGCGUAUUGACCACCAGUGUUCAUUGUGUUGAUUGAACAAUCCGACACGCGUAAACAUGCACUCGUCUGAGAAGAGGAUAUUUGCUUCUGUGUUGUCGAGUAUCCAUCUGCACAAUGUCAUCCUUUGUUCGUAAUCCACAGUGGUCAAUUCUUGACCUUUUCUGUAGUGGUAUGGAUGAUAUCCAUACGAACUAAUUAUUUUCCAUGCACAGGACUGGCUGAUGUUAAAAUGACGAGCUGCGUCAUUUGUACUUCGCCGGGGAUCUUCUUCGAAGUAGUCCACGACAUCGUCGUACAGAUCCUGCGAAUACGCCGGUCUUCCACGUCCUUGGCUAUGAGCCGGUGCUCGGUAUGAUCCGUGGUCGAGUAAACGCUGGUAGGCAUUUACCACAGUCCGAACGUUCGGCUGGCGAGCAUUUGGGUACAAUUCUCUGUACAUACGUACUGCGGCUCUCGCGUUCUCACCACACAAAAAGUAUGCUCGUAUCAUCGCCGUAUACUCCCGAGAUGUAAAUUGAUAAGACAUCGCGACAGUAAAAACGUAAACAAUUGUAAAAAAUAAAAACGCGCGCACCCUUCCGCUAAUAAAUUAGCACUGUCUGUUUCUCGCUCGCUUGAAAAGGGAUCGCUGGCGCAGAAGGGGGCGUGGCUUGACCUUAGACGCGAGUUUGCUGGGAUCUAUGAAUGGCAUUCAAAACGAGUAGCACUGCGCGUGGUAUUUUCUAGUAGCAAUUGUUAUGAAUGAUUGAUUCAAUUAUGAAUUUACCAAAUAUGUCGAAUUUUCCUGGACAAUUUUGGGAUUUCGUUUUUUUUAGUUUUGAUUACACAAAUAUGAUCAGUAACGGGUACAGAUAGAGCCCUAUUUUUUUGUGUACUAAUUAAAAAAUAUUCGUGUAUAAGUGGAUAUAUUGAAUGUUUGUUUGUGAUAAACUAUAAUGUGUCGUCUAAAGUAUUUUCAAAUGCAGUAUUGUUCUGUGCCGUCCUUUAGCGUUGCCAUAGACACGAUACUAUUAGCUUAGAUUAGGCCGGCUUUACACUUGUAAAGGACAAUGGGCGAUUCCGGUCCAAAUGUCCACCACGAACGAGACCUAUAUGGCUAGAUAGCCCGUUAAAUGUAGAACAUUUUUUGUUAUGAAAGUAAAAAAAAAUAUAAUGCCAGAAAAAAGUUAUAGCAAAAUCAAAUACAACAUUUUACAGAUUUUUUCGAUUUCAUUUUUGCAAUUACUUUUCGUGAUGUUCGAUUUUCGUACUUUCUGUAACUUCUGACAAAAUAGAAUUGUUCAUUAUUAGAGAGAAGACACCACCAGUUACCGCUGGAACCAGGAACCGCUGAGUAUAUUCAAGCACUUCUGGCGCCUCAAUUGGUUAGUGUUUCGUACAUCCAUCGGGCAAAAAUAUGGGCUGUUUAUAUGCAAAUGUGUCUUACUCGUCUUAGUUUUAGAUAAAGCGCGGAAAUGGGAGUGGAAUAAAAUAAAAAAUUAUAAUGAUAACAUACAAAAACUACCGAAAAUUAAGAAUACAUUUUUGGCUAUAACUUUUUUUUGGCAUUGUUUUUUUUUUACUUUCUCAGUAAAAGUGACUCUAAAUUAAGUGGACUAUUUAAUUAUAUAGGUCUCGUUCGUGGUGGACAUUUGGACCAAACUUCAUACAUUCUUGCCCAAUCUCCUUUUGCUCAUCUAAUCAUCGGCACGAAUCUUGAGCGCUGACCAUCACCUGCGCAGAAGUAAUUUAUUGGGUCCCUUUUGUGGUAUGAAGUGAGGCGCGGGGGCGUUGUAAAGCGGUGAUUGGCCCGCAGCGCAUCGCGUCAUAGCCGUCACUCGGGAUUGGUUCUUUGCUUAUAAAUCACUUCUGCGCAGGUGAAGGUCAGCGCUCAAAAUUCGUGCCGAUGAUUUUAAUUGAUAAGUCCGUAAGUCGCCUAUAGUAGUUUCCUACAACCUCUUACGACUUACAGAAGUUACGUAUUUACGAAAGCUACUAUGUUACAGGUGUAAAGUCGGGGUUUCUUGAAUGUAAAUAUUUGUAAGAAUGUGAAUGGUUACGGACUUUGUAUUGCGCACUAUUUUUGUAUGUCAAUUUUAAAUGGUUAACAUGAGCAGUAAAUAAAUAUACAUCUUCAACUUGUAUUAAUGCUUGGUGCUAAUAUUUGAAAACAUUUAAGCAGCUUUAGGCAUUUUUUUACCUGUAAUAGACUUUUCUUGCUGCAGUGGAAUGAAAUCGUUUAUUUAUGUAAACGUUACGCACAAUAAACUUUUAUGAAAUUUAAUUUCACUCUUUUACCAAAUAUUGAAGAAUACAGAAUCAAAAGACUAACAUAGUCGACAUAGUAACAUUCUUUUAUGAAUACCCAAACCAAAUACUUAUUAACUACAAUAAGUUAUCGAAUGAUUUAAAUACACUUGCACAAAAACUCUUCGUUGUUAAUAUUACAAUUUCCUGUAUGUGAUCUCUGUCUACUAUAUUUUUAGACCAAUUAACAUUUAGACACGUAGUUCGCACAAUACUAUUCAUUAAAUAUAAACUGUAAUAAAAAUGUUGGUAAAAUACAAAAGAAUAAAAUUCUACAAAGGCUUUAGGCGACUCCUAGACUUACAUUAACUUGGUGCAAUAUUACAAGAAAAAUAUUGUGCAAUAAAAAUUUAAUUGCGCAGUCUUCAAUCUUAAUACAGGCAAAAAAAUUGCACAAUACGUAGGUAAUAUUGCGCAAUUAAAUUGACCGCCUAAGGAGCGCCUUAGCUAAGUAUUUUUUCCAUCUCUUUCUUGGUAUUGUGACAAACACAGCUUGAAGUAAAUAUUAAGAGCAGCCUAAGACUUUUGUCUAAUUCCUACUUCAUAUGUAUUUAAAUGUAUAGUUGUUUAAAAGCGUGAAUAAAACACAUCACGUGCCUUAUUUUGUAAACAAAUGUACAUACAACUAGUUUCUAUGCAUUUACUGUCGAUGUUUUUAAUAAAUGAAAACUUUUUACAAUUGUAUAGUUCUUGUGUUGAGUGUUGUUAUGUAUUUUUAUUGUUUUAGAAUGUUCAUUGAUAUAGUUCUCGCCACAGUUUAUGGUGGUUUUCAACCAAUUUCCUAACAAAAUUGAAGAUAUUCACACCUUCAUCGCUUGCUGAUACUGAAAAAUGGUCCCUAUGCAGCGAUUCACGUGAUAUUCUGAGCUGACAUAAUGUUUGGCGGGAACUAUUUAUUAUAUACUUUAGCUAUUAGAAUUCUUAUAGUUUUGCCAUUAUGUAUUAUUUAUGUUUGUUAUGUAUAAAAGGGUGUCUAAGUUGUAAGUAACAUGUGUACAGAACUUUCUGGAUGUCUUAAGGCAAAAUACGCAAUGGUGGAUGUCGGGUUUAACUUUGGAAAAUAUUGUUUCCCUCAAGCUUGAAAACUACUGAAAAGGAAUUAAUAAAAUUUUAUUGAAGUGGGAGUUUUUAAAUUAUGACAGCAGCCCAUGUAAAGUAAUAUUAAAAUAUUGUGUUCAUGUUAUUUAUUUAUUUUCGAAACAAAUAUGAUUGGAAAUCGGAGAAAAACUAUUCUAUUUCUUCCAGAAUUUAUUCCUAAUGCCUGGGAAAAGAUAUAAAUGGAGUACAGCUUGAGAUUAUAGUAGGUAUUGCAUUUUGAAAAUGUAUAUUUUAAGUGAAUUCGUUAGAAUAAGUUCCUGUGUUAUUUAUCCUACGUGUACCUACUGUUUUAUUUGCACAAAUACUUUGUUGUAUGAUUUAAGAUUGAUAUGGGAGAUAUGAAAGAUAUAUAAUAAUAAACCGCAUUAUUUUUA